AUGCCAAGCGCGAUCAGGCGAUCAUGCCUUCGCGCAUUCCAAUCAAAGCGGCCAGUCAGGCCACCUCCACCAUUCUUGCGCCUCUCGCCUGCCGAGAUCAAGGCCAAGAUCAACUACCCGAGCAAAGAUGCUCCCGGCAUGCGUGCCGCUCCUGCUGGCUCAUCUGCCAAGCUCACGGCAGACAAUGCCAAGCGCGAUCAGGCGAUCACGCCUUCGCGCAUUCCAGUCAAAACGGCCAGUAAGGCCACGAAGGUCAGCGACCUGAAUGCUGUCAACGAUGGCAGCGCCGCUGUACCCUGCGCUACUCCUAGUAGCAAGCGCGACUCGGCGACCAUGCCAACGCGCAUCCCGGUCAAGAAGCCUGGUCAGGCUUUCCGACCUUCGCUGCCAAAAGAUGCUGCUGGUGGCGGAGCGGCGUCUCACCGUGCCUCAGCAAGCACCAUGCUGAGCAACACCACCGGCGAGACGUCCACCCCCGUCAAGGUCGCCGGCAGCAUGGGGUCUGCAACCCCUUUGCACACCACCAUUACUAGCCCCUCAGCCUCGACCUCAGCGACCAUCAAGCUUCCGGGACUGGUAAUGGCAACGCCAACAAAGUGUGCAGCAGUCGCCAACAACAGUGCUGGCAACAAGACUCUGAUGCAGAUCAAAGUUGCGGGUACAAUGAUCGGUGACAGCAGACAAUCUCCGCUUGUAAUGAUGCGCACCUGCCAGACGGAAGGAGCGGCUCUCGCAAGCAUGCAAGGCGCUCCUCUCGGCUCCUUGGCUGUGCAGAAGAAACGCCAAGCAAAAAUCAGCAAGGAGACCUUUGAGUCAAAACCUUUGCCAAAGCGACCAAGCGCUAUUCCUUGUUACGACCCGGACCUGCGCUUUGUACCGUGCGAGCGCUACCCAAAGGGUCGACUUUCUUCGAUGGUCUUUGGUCCCCUGCUGGACAUGGAGAGUUGCAAGGUCAACCUGAAAGGUGCCUCAAAGGCAACGCCGGCAAAGCUGGCAAAUCUGGAAGUGUCAGUCUUGCCAGAGACUGGGCAGCUGCCUACAGGUUGCUGGGCUGGCUUGCGGCUGCUCACCUGGGCUGUCCUCCAUGGAAUCACGUUUGAGAGCCUCAUACAUGCUCUACAUGCAUGCGAGUCAUUUUGGGAGCAGAUCUCGACAAUGAUCUGGGAUCCAAAAUGGGAUCAUCUGUGCCUGUGGCUGGAAACAAUGCAGGGUGCAUUCCUGCACGUGCUGCAGGAGCUCCAUGUCUUGGUCGCACAUUUGCCGUGCGCGGCUGCAAGCUCAUCGGGGGUGCUGAUAGAUGAGCAAGAUAAGCGGUUCUUAGUGCUCAAUGCUCUGCUUGACCUUGAUGACCUGCCUGUGACGUCUGCACGCAAGACUGUGCUGCUUGCAGACCUUGGGGACUAG